GCUUAUUGUAGGAUUGUGAACUGAGUGGUGAAGAAGAAGAUGACGAACACGAUGAUAGAAGAAGAUCAGAACCAAAAAGUGAUCGAGGGAAGAGAAGCGAUACCCCUCCUCACCCCAUUCAACAUGGGAAAAUUUAAUCUUUCCCACAGGAUAGUUCUGGCACCAUUAACAAGAACAAGGUCAUACAACUUUGUGGCUCAGCCUCAUGCUGCUAUCUAUUAUUCUCAAAGAACAACAAAGGGUGGAUUCUUGAUUGGGGAAGCCUCAGGGGUGUCAAACACUGCACAAGGGUACCCAAAUACCCCUGGCAUUUGGACAAGGGAACAAGUGGAAGCAUGGAAACCAAUUGUGAAAGCUGUUCAUGAGAAAGGGGGCAUCUUCUUUUGCCAACUUUGGCACGCUGGAAGAGUCUCCAACUACGUUUACCAGCCAGAUGGGCAGGCCCCAAUCUCAAGCACAGACAAGGCAAUUCAUAAGGAAGGAAGCAGCACUAAAUACCCUGCUCCUCGCCGUCUCACAACUGAUGAAAUCCCUAACGUUGUCAAUGACUUCAGAAUCGCAGCCAAAAAUGCCAUAGAAGCGGGUUUUGAUGGAGUGGAGAUUCAUGGAGCCAAUGGUUACUUGCUUGAUCAGUUUCUAAAGGACAAAGUGAACGACAGAGAUGAUGAGUAUGGUGGUAGCUUAGAGAAUCGUUGUCGCUUCCCACUAACGGUGGUGCAAGCUGUGGCUGAUGAGGUUGGAGCUGACAAAGUUGGUGUUAGGAUCUCUCCUUUUGCUGAUUAUUGUGAUUGUGGAGACUCUAACCCUCAAGCAUUGGGCAUUUACAUGGCACGGGCUUUGAGCCAAUUCGGCAUUCUCUAUUGUCAUGUUAUUGAGCCCAGGAUGCUCACAAUGUUUGAUAAGCAUGACACUGAUUUGUCCCUUUUACCAAUUCGAAAGGCCUUCAAUGGGACCUUUAUUGUUGCUGGUGGAUACAAUAGGAGUGAGGGAAACAAAGCGAUAGCAAACGGUGGUGCAGACUUGGUGGCUUAUGGACGCCUUUUUUUGGCAAAUCCAGAUUUGCCAAGAAGAUUCGAACUGGAUUCUGAGUUAAACAAGGCCGAUAGAAGCACUUUCUACACCAAUGAUCCUGUGGUUGGAUAUACGGAUUAUCCUUUUCUUGAAAAUGGUUGCUAAGUUAACUAGCCAGUGACUUUCGUUCUAUUAUAUCAUUUAUAUAAAUAAUAUGUUUUGAAAGUUAUUGAAAUAAAAUAUAUAUUAAUUCAAUUUAAACGGUUGU